AUGACGAGGUUGAAGCAGCCAACAUUCGUGCGCAACUCGAUCAACUUCGUGCCGACAACGAGCGGCUCGUUCAGUAACUCGCCCAACAGCAGCAGCAACAACAGCAGCAGCAGAAUGGAGCGCUUGCAGCAGGCCUCACAGCAGGCGGUGCGCUCGCCCAGGCUAACCUCAUCCCCGCGCCAGCAGUUCAUCGGGUUGCUGUCAAGCUACCGCCAUUUUGGUCCGAUCGACCAAACGCGCGUUGCUGUGGAAGUCGAGGAUAUCAUAAGCAAUCCUCCUAACGAGACUCCAUACACAUAUUUGCGCAGUAAACUCAUGGAGCGUCUGUCUGCUUCAGAAGAGCAGCGCGUGAAGCGUCUGAUCAGUGAGGAGGAACUCGGCGACCGCAAACCCUCGCAGUUCCUUCGCUAUCUUCGCACGCUUAUUGGCACGACGAUCAUUCCGGAUAACCUAUUGCGUCAAUUCUGGCUCCAGCGCCUUCCGUCUUACGUCCAGGCGAUCAUCACUGCGCAAAUAACUGCCCAACCUGCUUUGACCCUCGAUAAUCAAUCCGAAAUCGCUGACAAAAUUAUCGAGGUAUCACCAGCAACUCCUCUAUCCGUCAGAGCUGUAUCUUCAUCAACUUCCGUCAAGCAAGAGUCGUCGCAUAGCGCGCUGAUUUGCGCCAUCGAGUCUCUGAGCAAACAAGUCGCAGAGCUUUCGACGCGCAAUUCUCACAGAAAUGAGAAUCGCAGCAACAGUCGUGGACGACGUCAACGCAGCCAGUCUAGGCAAGACUCAGGCUCUGAUUCUUUACGCCUCUGCUGGUACCAUCACAAGUUCCAUGACAAGGCUAAGAAGUACAUCAGCCCGUGCAGUUGGAAAUCGGGAAACGCCGACAACAGUUCGUAA